AUGGAUCUCGCAUCCGUAAGGCUGUCAGUUCGGGAAGUUGGUGGCAUGUACUUCUCAGGUCUGAAGUCACCUGAAAGUGGAGCAAUCUCAAGAACGCAUUUGGUUCAAGUUCUUGAGUUCCAAUCAACAUCGCGGUCUGCGAUCUUGAUGGUUCGUGGAACGUUGGGAGUUGGUUCCGUCAUCACUGGUGUGGUUGACAAUCCACUAACAGUACAUUUCCUGGUGUCAGGCACGGCCUUUCUUCCACCGGCUCUACCAUCGCUGGUGCUGCUCACCGGGCGUCAUAACGACCGUCUGUCUCGUGGCGGCGACCUUCAUUCUCGUGGUGAUCUCAAGGUCGCGGGGAGGGGAUCACCACCUCAGCCCGACGCCCGCAAUGAUGGCGCCGUCGCCGCGUGA